CCUAAUGGCCGCGGGUGUUUUCGAUAAAAACAGGGAUGAAAGAGGAACGACCAUUUCCAAAAUGCCACCUCCAGACAGACGAGCGAAAACACUUGAUAGAACAUUUUCAAAAAAUAAAGAAAAAGAGAUUCUUGAUCUGCGGCGGCUUCUUUCAUUUGUCUCGGCCCUGUUUUCUAAGCAGCAGUCUACAGGAAAUCAGUACAAGGGCAGAAAGCUGCAGAAUUCUCCGCAGGUGAAUGAGAACAGGAAGCAUGUGAGGUACACAGCAGCAGAGACAGCAGAGCUUGAAAAGUUCAGCAUGAAGUACAGAGAACAGAGGCAUUUCUCUGGACAUGCUCAUCAUAGUCUCUUCUCAGACAUCUUCGCCGCCCUGAUCAAAAACCGACUCAAUUGCAGUGAGUGGCUGGACCAUUCAUCAUCUGAAAACAUCCUCCAAGUCCUCAUCUGUCUGAGAUUGUUUAUAAGAGAGCCUCGGUACCAGAAAGUGUUUCAUGAGCUCCAUGGCUUAAUUCACCUUAUAAAAUACAUGGACUCAGUCAGCAGCGCAUAUCUGGAAAAUAAAGAGCGCGCACUGGAAACCGAGCAGCUCGUCACCAUGACCUAUGUGUGUCAAAAACUGGCCAUGGCUGAAGAGCAGAGAAAGUGGCUGAUUGAGUGUGAAGCUCAUAAGACUCUUGUAAAGCUGCUUUCGGCAAGAGACAGUAACGUGCUAUUAGGUGCCCUUCUGGCCCUCACUUCUUUAGCAGACAGCCACGAUUGCAAAGAGAAAAUCGGAGAGCUGUCUGUUGUGGAGAAUCUGCUGGUGAUUUUGCAGGAAUAUGACAUGCUGUCAAAAAGGCUCAGCGCAGAGUUGCUGCGUCUUCUCUGCCCUGUACCAGUCGUCCGUGAGCAGGUGUGUGAAUGCGACGGCAUCCCCGUGCUUCUCAGCAUGCUCCACGCUGACCAUCUGAAGCUGCUCUGGAGCACAGUCUGGGUUCUGGUCCAGCUGUGCCAGGAUCCAGAGGGCAGCGCCAACAUCCGUGCCUGGGGAGGAAUUCAGCAGCUCCUGCGCAUCCUGAACGGAGAGCGAGUGUAUGUUUCUGAUCGCUCGUCCAUAGCGACUCUCUCCAGUGCUAACGCUGCUGGCCGUCUGCACACGCAGCAUGUAUGUGAGGAUCUGAGUCCACUUGAGACUGAAGAGAACAUGGUGGCCCUCCACUCUGCAUGCUGUGCUGCAAUAACAGAGCUAGUGCUGGACGAUGCAGCGGCCCACCAUGUUGUGCAGGAAAACGGUGUGUACAUAAUCGGGAAACUGAUCUUGCCACAUGGACCAAUAACAGCAUCUUUACAGUGUUACGCUUUCCGGACCCUGCGCUUUCUGUUUAGUAUGGAGCGCAACAGACAUCUUUUUAAAAGGCUCUUCCCACCGGAACUGUUCGAGAUGUUUAUAGACAUCGGGCAUUACGUCAGAGACAUCUCAUCGUACGCUCCACUGCAGGAACGAAUCUCGGUGCUUUCGACUGAAGAACUAGAUGGAUUGAAAGAGAGGAUUGAGGCAGUGAAUCAGAACCGUCCUCCUCUCAAAGUGAUCAACGGCUACUCCGUUCUCCAUCCUCUGGGCAGUGGGGCCUUCGGCACUGUUUUUAAGGUGCGCAAACAGGGAGCGCAAAACUGUUUGGCACUGAAGGAAGUGAACCUCCACAAUCCUGCAUUCGGCAACGACAAGAAAUCCAGAGACAGCAACGUCGAGAAAAUAGUGUCCGAGCUCACCAUAAUCAAGGAGCAAAUGACACACCCAAAUAUAGUGAAAUACCUCAAGACAUUUUUAGAAUGUGACAAGCUGUAUAUCGUAAUGGAGCUGGUGGAAGGUGCGCCGCUUGCCGAGCAUUUCAGCUCCCUAAAAGAAAAACAGCAAACGUUCACAGAAGAACGAGUCUGGAAUAUUUUCAUUCAGAUGUGUUUGGCGUUAAGAUACUUACACAAGGAGAAAAGAAUCGUCCACAGAGACCUGACUCCUAAUAACAUCAUGCUGGGAGAAAGAGACAAACUCACCAUCACUGAUUUUGGUCUCGCAAAGCAGAAACAAGAAACCAGCAAGCUAAUGUCUGUUGUCGGGACCAUUCUCUACUCCUGUCCAGAGAUCGUGAAAAGUGAGCCAUACGGAGAGAAGGCGGAUGUGUGGGCCGCCGGCUGUGUCCUGUAUCAGAUGGUCACUCUCCGUCCCCCGUUCUACAGCAACAACAUGCUCUCGCUUGCCACCAAGAUUGUGGAAGCUGAAUUUGAGCCCCUGGAGAACACAGUCUUAUCAGAAAGAGUUACAGACAUGAUUAAAUGGUGCCUGACUCCGAAUGCAGAUAUGCGGCCCGACAUCGUAGAGGUCAGCUCUAAGAUCUGUGACCUCAUAAUGAAGUACCUGGAUGGUGUGAACACCUCACAUAACACUCUGGAGAAGAGAGCCGAGCGCGACAGGAGGCGAGCGCAGAAAUAUUGCAUCGAGAGCAACCGGCUGAAGCUCACAUGCUGCAGGCCUCUGCAGAGAAUGGACUUUCCAGACGAGCUCCUGAGUGGUCCACACACACAGCUGUCUGAGAGACGGGAUCGAAGUUUCUCAGACUCUGUAGAUGGAGAAGCUAAUGUGCAAGAUUUUGCAGCCAGUAAUGCCUCAACAACUGCCUCAGCUCAGACACAUCUACUCCAACAGCGAGCCAAGAGCCUUGACAGAUUCUCACUACCAGACGACCAAAGCCAAUCUGGCGCAGACUUAAAGCCUAAACCUCGACCAGGAUCAGCAGGAAUCUGCGUAUCCCACAGAAAAGUCCGUCAGAUUAACGAUCCCAACCUAAGGCUGCUUGAACUGCUCCAUAAAAUCAUAUUUGUCACUCAGCUUCCACCCGGACCUCAGAGCAGUUUUCAACGGCGUGCACUAGAGCGCUUUAAGAAAUCACUGUUUCAGAGAGGAAGCAGUGCAUUUCAUUUAAAGAUGGAGCUCAAUAAGGUGCUUCAGGGAAGUCAGGAGGUAGUAGAGCUGAGGUUGGGCAGCAGGGACUGGUGGUCCAUGGUGCCAUCUGGCCGAGCUGAGACACACGGGGAGUUGGGUCCUCAAGAAGGCAUCACUUACGAGCAGGUACAGGUCAUGAUUGAAGAAGUGCUGGAGCAAAGUGGGUAUUACAGCCCACCUCUAUCCAGGAGCGAGUCAGAGACAGGAAACAGCCAAACUGCCAGUCCGUGACUUCAUGUGUCCUCGUGGAGUGAUGUAAUAUCUAUAAAUAUGCAGAUUACAGGAAGCCUAAGAACAAUCCACACCGUGGCAUUUCACUUUAAAUAUGAUAUGAAAAUGUUCAUAAAUGCAGUUUCACUUUCCUUGGCCCGCAUGCUAUCUGCACACUGCAACAUCCCAUCUGUAA